GGCAGCCCACACGACUCCUUCUGCUCGUUUGCAAAGCCUUCUCUAGACCGCGUCUCUUGUCGCUAUCAGCUCUUUUUCCUGUUCAUUUCGCUAUCUGCGUUUACUGAGGAAAAUCAUUCUACUCAGCAGACUAUUUACUGGUGGACGAGCCAGAUACUUUGUUUUUUUGUUUCCAAGAACCCGUGUAGCCAUUGCACAUCCCGCUGUCACAUCGCCGAUCCUAGCAUAUUUCAGCCAACGUCGUUUAUUCCCUGGUAAGCCGUAACGAGCAAACGCGUUCGUCGUGACGUGACUGCGCGUCGUCUGCUCAUCACCCGCGCUCCUUAUUAUUCCCUUCUUUAUUGUGAACCUCAUGCGCGUGAGUUGCCAAAAGGACCCGUCUGCUAACAACACCCCGCGACCUCCUGCAGCUCCACCCCACCCAUCUGCGUUUCAUCAUGUCGGGAUUCUCGAGCCCUCGUACCGCCCCUCAUAUGGCCUCGUCAUCGCGGGCAAACAUCGAAAACCACGCUCCUACACGUCCUACCGCGCCUACGCGUCACGCUCACUCAAACUCCCGUGGAAAGUCAGAAAGUCAGCACUCCUCGUCGCGUGCAACAAGCGACCGAGCGCUGCGGCCACUCCAAGAGCAACCCAACAGAGAUCGAACAGCGGAUUACGACGAGCAGCAAGAGAACGUCGUCCGGAGAAGCGACAGUUUGUCGAGCUUAUUCUCCGUCUUCAAGUCUGUUUCUCUCAGUAGCAGCAGCAGCCGUCGGCCUAAUCGCGAGUCUGGUCUCUCUGUCCGCAGCACAAGUAGCAACAGCUCGGCAACGGUAGCUACAGUAUUGGGAUCAUCGGGUUCUUCAAGAAGCAACUCGGGCGCGUUUUACCAGCAUUCAGAUAAAAGCACAAGUUCUAUUGCUCAGCUCGCGGUCAAGACGCGUUCUUCAAAAAUGGAGUCUCCCAGUCAGCAAAAACUGACGUCUGACAGAAGCAAGAAGCAGACUGGAUCACCGUCAGAUAUGCUACAGAGACGUCUGAAUAUGGCAUCUGAGGUCAUGAAGCGAGCCUCAAAUGAUCAGCAACAAUCUCAGCAACAGCCUUACGAGCCUCAUGUUUCUCAGCGAUCGAAGCCCAGAGACUCUGAUACAGCGUCGAUUGCUUCUACUGCUAGUUCGCGACUGAGAAAGUUUUCACAAAAGUUUAGACGCGGAUCAGGCUUCUCGUCGAUGUCGAUGGAGCCGGUGGCUGAUUCUCCGUCCGAGGAGGCUAGCUCUUCCUCGCACAAAUCUCAUUCGAAGACGCACGCGAAGAAGAGCGUCAAAGUGAAACCGACCUCUGCUCUUCGUCAUAUAGGAUCGUCCUCGCAGCUAUCUACGAAAUCGAAAUCUCACGACGAAGAACAUAGCUGGAACGACGAUCUACUCCGUGCGUUGUAUAGCGUUGAAGAUCUGACUAUGAUGGACAAACAACCAAACCAGCUGCAUACCUCAGCAUCUUCGUACAAUUUCCGUUCAGCGACGUACCAAUCUCAAACCCUUCCUCAACGUCGGUACCCAGUGCAAAGGCCAAAUCAUACAGUCUCCCCUGCGGCAACACCGGCUCAAGCGCACACGGUGCGGUCAGUCAGUGAUUCCAGUACAGCGUCUUCUUACUCUGCCGGUACCUACGAUGAUUCAGGGAGCGUUAGCAGCUCUCAUACAAGUCCGCUAUCCACUGGCUCGUAUGGAGCAAGAACCCGCCAUUCCCGCUCUGCCUCUUUGUACAGCGAAAAAGUCACUACCGCCUCUCCGAUUCAGUCUACACCAGCAGUUGCUCCUCCUACAGGUGGUGUAUGCUGGAUCGGCGAGAACGGUCAGCUUAGUCGUGCAGGGUAUGAUCUUGACGAUGAUUCGGAUGACGAAUACCUUGAUUACCGCAUUCACUCGCGCCGUCUUUUUAAGCCCUCGAUGAGCGCGCUUCCCCAGGCAAGGCCGCCGAGUGGAAGUAUUCGAAGCAGAGCUAGCUUUGACGGGAACCGGUAUUCCGGUGGAAGCUAUGGAAGUAGCUCGAUGAGGAGUAGUGGUCAUGAUUGGAGAACUGAUAUUGAGGAAGAGGAUACUUUGCGGGCAUUGGCUGUUUAAUGGAUUGUUGUGUUAUAUCAUCUGGUAAUAGUUUUGUUUAUUGCUUUGUUGUUUGCUUUGUUGUAAUUGGUAUAGACUUUUCUAUGGGAUUUUGUGGUUAUGAUCUAUUAUUUUAAUGGUGAAUGAAUUUUGAUGCACAUCUACCGCCCUUGUCUCAGUUAUUUGCGAAGGGCGGAUCGUAUAAAGAUGCGAUUA